AAACUAUCCUUCCUUUACUAUUCCAGAGAGUAAUCCGUCGUCGUUUUAGUUCUCCCUGCGAUCGCGCUCCCCCGUGGACGGCUGUGAACUGAUGGAGACUAAAAUGAAUUCUAAAACAUUCAGCCUGAUUCUUAUCCGCUUAUUUAUAGAGAGAGACAGACAGUCCAGACAGAAAGAAGAGCGAGAAAACGGAGAAGAAAUGGCGAGCUUCAUCCUGCGAGUGCCAACUGCUAACCUCAGAGGCUUCUCUGUGUCAGCAGCGGCUUCAUCGUCUAAUGGGGCUGUUCCUGGGACUGGGACUGGGAGCACGCAGAAGGCAGGGCCAAUGAUAGUGGAGUUACCUCUGGAUCAGAUUAAGCGGCCAUUGAUGCGAACCAGAGCUAAUGAUCCAAACAAGGUGCAGGAACUCAUGCAGAGCAUCCAGCAAAUCGGCCUCCAAGUCCCUGUUAAGUCCCCUAUGAAUAUGAUCCUUCUUAAGUUCUUGCUUACCGUUAUGUGCAGUAGACCAGUACAAUACUAGAAAAGGAUUUCAGAAUUCCAGUAAUCAGGUUCAUCACAAGUAUUCAUUUUUGUUCAUUCUGUCUGUAUUUGUUGCAGAUUGAUGUUCUUGAGGUAGAUGGUGUUUACUACGGUAUGUGUAGCAGCAUGGAAAACCUACCUCCAUAUCCCUGUGAUUGUUUAACCUCAAUCCUUUACGCCUCUCGUUGUAGGGUUCUCCGGGUGCCAUCGUUACGAAGCUCACCAGCGUCUUGGCCUCCCUACAAUACGCUGCAAAGUCCGACGAGGCACCAAAGAAACUCUCAGGCAUCACCUCCGCUAGAAGGGUUUUACGCCGACUAGUUCACUAUCCCUUUUACACUGUAUAGACUAUACACUAGUUUUGCUAUCUCAAGACCCACCCUGUAAGGCUGUAACCUUGUAAACUCGCCGAUUCUCACCUGUCAAAUAACGCAGCUUUGGGUUCUUCAUCUCCAAUUAUAGGUGUGACAGACUCAUGUCUGGAAAACAAGCUGAAGUUCAACCGUGUAACAUGGGUUCCGGUAAAUACAGGAUGCAUAUACUACACAACUAUCAUCAAAAUGAGAAAAAGAAAAAGCUCGUACUUCAAAAUAUACUACUGCGACCACCUCCUUUGCUCUAUUACUUGUGCAACAAAGGACCAGACCUUGACACUGCAAACCUCGGCAGUGGGCUUGGCCCCGUGCUUGACGAUCCUUCCGUGUGUUUUGCUUUCCUGCUCGAGCUGUAAUCCAACGGGCCAGACCGCCUAACAUUCCUGGAUUUGUUGUCGUCGCUGUUUCGGCUUCUCACGCUCCCACCACCAUUAGUAUCAUAAGGAUGCUCCUGGCUAUAUGAGCCCCUGAAGUAGCUUGAAGAAGAAUCGCUCACCCCAUACUGAGGCGUUGAGUCCCCACGAAGCUGCCGGAUACCAGGAGAAGCGUGUCCCAAGGACACAGCGGGGGACUGGCGAGGAGAUGCCGUGUUGACCAUAGCCAGUGGCAUAGAUGGAGAGCUAGAGUAGUACUGACUGUAGAUUGACCGCAGAAUUGCAUACGGUACAUAGGCUUCAAGCGAGCUCCUUGGAAGGUAUGGAGAUAUCUCGCAAAGUUGGUCCAAGAAAAUAAGCUUUGCCACAACAUGGGACCUGUUUGCACAAAGAAACAGGGAAGUAAGUGGACGCGGAUACACCAAUCAUCAAGUUUGGUAUGUACAAAAUGCAGUGAACUUUUACUUGUUGACAUCGCUGCAUGAAUCUAGCACAAUUCCUGCUGCAAAUUUGACAAAAAACUGCAUUGCGGACUUAAUACUUGCUUCGGCCGACAAAUUGC